AUGAGUGAGCCGCCUUAUGGAUGUAAGCUAUGUGGAAAGGCCUUCUCUGUGUCCUCAAGCCUUGAUGUGCAUAUGAGGAUUCACAAUGGAGAGAAGCCUUAUGGAUGUAAGGUUUGUGGAAAGGCCUUUGUUAAUUCCUCAAGACUUACCUGCCAUAUGAGAAUUCACACUGGAGAGAGACCAUAUGUUUGUAAGGAAUGUGGGAAGGCCUUUGUUGAAUCCUCAGGCCUUACUCAACAUAUGAGAAUUCACAAUGGAGAGAAGCCUUAUGGAUGUAAGGUAUGUGGAAAGGCCUUUGUUUCUUCCUCAAGCCUCAAUAUGCAUAUGAGAAUUCACAAUGGAGAAAAGCCUUAUGGAUGUAAGGUAUGUGGAAAGGCCUUUGUUGUAUCCUCAAGCCUUCUCUGCCAUAUGAGAAUUCACACUGGAGAGAGACCAUAUGUUUGUAAGGAAUGUGGAAAGGCCUUUGUUGUAUCCUCAGGUCUUACUCGACAUAUGAGAAUUCACAAUGGAGAGAAGCCUUAUGGAUGUAAGGUAUGUGGAAAGGCCUUUGUUUCUUCCUCAAGCCUCAAUAUGCAUAUGAGAAUUCACAAUGGAGAAAAGCCUUAUGGAUGUAAGGUAUGUGGAAAGGCCUUUGUGGAAUCCUCAACCCUCAUUCGCCAUAUGCGACAGCACACUGGGGAGAGACCUUAUAUUUGUAAGGAGUGUGGGAAGGCCUUUGUUUCUUCCUCAACCCUUACUCGUCAUGUGAGAAUUCACACUGGAGAGAAACCAUUUGUUUGUAAGGAAUGUGGGAGGGCCUUUCAUCAGGCCUCCGGCCUAAUUGCCGAUGAGGCCAUAAUGGCCUCCAUCUCCAUGAUGGGGCAGCGGCGGGUGGGGGACGGGGCUGAGCUUGAGGAGGAGAAACUGGCGCCUGGCAUGAUGGGGAAACUGUGA